UCACAGAAUAAUUAACUGACAGAAAAAUAUUCUCCCAGUCGUACCUAUUUUAAAUUUUAAAUUAAUUUAUUAAAUUAAACCUUCUAUUUGAGCAAUAAUGGCAAAUAUAGAAUUAGAUAUAUGGCGCGGUGAUUGGGGUUUAGCUUCGAUUGAUGUGGAAUGUUUAAAGAUUUUAACUUAUAUGAAAUUUAUUGGAGUGCCAGUGCGCGUCAGGGAGUGCAAAAGCCCAUUUUUCACCCCAAAAGGCACAUUUCCUGUAAUGCGCGAUGGUAGCACAGUUUUGACAAAUUUCGAGGCAGUGGUUGAACAUUUGAAAACUUUGGUAAGAGAGAAUCAACAUUACAAUACAGAUGUACAUUUAGACUCAAAGUUGGAAGCUGAAGCAAGUGCAUUUACCCAGUACCUCAGAGAGAAGCUGUAUCCUGCACUACAGUACGCAUGGUGGGUUGAUGAAAAGAACUACUCGGAGCUCACCCGCCCCACUUACGCUAAAGCUCUAAGUCUCCCGUUCAAUUUCUACUACCCAUCCAAGUUCCAAAGCUCUGCUCAAGAAAUGGUGGAUGCUCUGUACGGAGAGCACGCUGACCUUAAGGAUGUGGAGAGAACUAUUUACAGUGAAGCAGAAAAGUGCCUUAAAACAUUAUCAGACCGUCUUGGCGAGAGUGAAUACUUCUUUGGCAACAGACCCUCAACAUUUGAUGCAACAGUGUUUGCCUACCUGGCACCUCUGGUGAAGGCACCAUUCCCUAACCCUACACUAUCUAACCAUGUCAAAGGGAUUGCCAAUUUGUCCAGAUAUGUUGCCAGAAUAAACCAGAAGAAUUUCAGACAUGUCACAGAUGAAUACAACAAACAGAACAAAAGCAAGAACACAACAUCCACACAGUCGGACAGAGAAGCGGCAAACUUCCCGCACCAGACCCGCAACAAGGUAUUAGCAGCCAUCUUCGCCACCAUCGCUAUGACUGGAUUUGCUGUGGCCAAUGGCCUAUUCACUGUGAACUUCAAAGACGAGUUUGACCCCACCCAAGAUUACAACGAUAUGUUUGAGAAUGAUGAAGACGACAACUGACCGCUAGAUGGCGCCGCCGUCGCGACGACUGUGGGACUCGGUGUUGCUAGCCUAAUAAUGCUCGUAGAGUUGGUUUGUAGUGAUUUGUGCAAGUUCCUAUUGAAUUCUGUGAGCCUGGUACCCUGGUUGCACUUAGCUGAGGCUGCGCUUGAUAAGUAAGGUGUUUAUUUUUAUGAUUAGCAUUUAACAUUUGGCAGACCAAAAAGUACAUGAUUUUAUUGAACUGAUUGAUUUGAUGUUAUUUAAAUGCACUGUUACAGUUUAAAAGCGUGUAAAUAACGAAAUUAUUGAAAUAGCGGUCUUUACAUAAGUGACAGUAGGUAGGAGUGUUGAAUUAAUACAUCAACAGGGUGAGAUAGCAUGAAUUCGUCCGUAAUUUUUAUAUUGUUUCUUUAUCUGCACGCGUUAUAAUAUUAAUUUACUUUUAAAUACAGGUGAUUACUUUGUAAAGUAAACAAUUAAUUUCUGAUCACAAAUCACUACAGGAAAAUACGCAUGCUAGUACGAUAGACGUAAAUAAAUGUGCAUUUAUUAAGAUAUUUUGGCAAACCAUAUCUUCUUGUACAUACCAUAGCAUAGAUAUAUUAUAGUUAAAUUUUUAUCGAAGAUCUGAGACAAUAAUAUUAUUUAUCUCCUUUCUAUGUGAUGACUGGUAGAUAUGGUUUGUUGAACAAAGUUAUCGUCAAAGCUUUUGUUAAAAGCAUUUAAUAGUAAAAUUUAUUUUUAACAUUGUUGAAGUGAUUAGUUUGUAGAGAAAAUUGAAUUUUUGGUUUUAUGUGAGAACAUGUUGUUAGUUGUAUUAACUUAUUCCAUUAGAGAAUAAAUAUGAUGUUACUUAAAUAUUA